UGCACACUGGGUUGAGCUUCAAAAGAAAUUUAGACUAUGACUACUAGAAGCAUGCUGCUUUCAAAUGCAAGGUAAGAUUUAAUUUAUUUCUUUUCAAAGUUGUAAGCUUGUAUUAAAAAUAUAUUCAAAGGUAGUUUAUAUUUAGUUUCAUCAGGUAGAUAUUCACACACCUGCCUACAGCAUUUGUGCAGAUGCAUACAUAAAACAAUAUUAAAAUCUUGUUUCACUGUUUAAGAAAAGUACCUGUAGGUGGGUUUAUGUCUUAAAUACUAAAAAUUAGUAUUUGAAAGCCAGAUACUAUUACAGUAACCUAGUGAAGUAGAUCUACGUUAUUCAAGCUGAAAGAGAUACAAAGAAUAAGCAACAUUAACAUGAACUUACUAAGAGGGAAACUUUCUCAAAACAGAAGAAGUUGCUGUUUGUUAUCAGUAUUGUUGUUUAACAUUGGUGCAGCUAUGUACCAGAUAAAGUCAGGACUUUAUGUGAAAGUUGGACAAAUUAAUAAAAAGGGGACAGGGCAGGUAUGGUAAAUACCCAAAACAGUUUGGAGAAAGUGUUCUGCAUAUUAGAAAUAGUCAUAAUAAGUACACUCAUUCAAAAAAAAACCAAACAAGGCUUAAAAAGCAAAUUACUAAGUAUUUUGGAAAGCUGUACUUGUAUACACUUUUCCUACUGUUGAAAGUUCAAUUUUAUGGGCCAUGAAAACAUAUUCUUCUCUAGAGCAGUGACAAGCUGAGGCUAAAUGCUUGGCAUUUGAACAGGAGCAGAUGAAACGACCAAAAUAGCAUCUAGUCUCUUUCCUUUAGAAAACAGCAACAACAAAACCACUGUUUUUUUCUUCUCUAAAUAUAGCAGAAGAUGAAAUAUUCUUAGAAUACUUAAUAUACCACGUGGCACUGCCAGAUUGCACAGAUAUACAUUUAACAACAAAACAGCAAUGGCAUUUUCAUUUUUAGAUAUCUUUUCCUGUGUUUCAGAAAUUCUUUUCCACAGUAGACUAUAGUUUUCAUUCUUUUCCAUGUAGACUGUAGUUACUGUGAUUUGUGAUUUACAGAUAGGUAAUUCCUCUUUAAUGGAUUAUAUUCUCCCAAGAUCAACUACUUUUUUUCUCUUUUUUUAAUGAAGAAAGGCCAACAGAAGAUACUAUCUCAGCCAGUAUCAGUACAGAGUAAGUCACCUGAGGAUGACAGACAGAGAGAUCCACUCUGUUCUGAAGUUUCAUCUCUUACACACUCACUUGCAAAGGUAGAAAACAAGAAGAAAUUUCCUUCUGUGCCCACAGCUCAGAACAGACCAUACUCUUCAAGUAAGGGAAAAAGAACAACUUCAAGUUCAAAAAUAAGAAACGUGGAAGUACAAAGCACUGAUGGUGUUGCAGUACUGGAAGAUUGCAUAGGUUUUUCUUUAACAAGAACAAUAAGCAAGGUUGAAGAAAAAUUAAAGAAAGGAGUCUUACCAGACUGUCCAGAUGAUGAUAUUAUUCCAAGGGUCGGAGAUGAAAUGGGAGCAGAAGCUCAAAUCAGACUUCUUAAGGCAAAGUUACGUGUGACGCAGGAAGAUCUGGCAAAUGUAGUGUUUGAAUGCAGAAAAAAGGAUGAUGAAAAUCAGAAUUUAGAAACUCGGCUCAAAGAUACUGAAGAAGAAAACACAAGACUGCAACGAACAAUUAGCCUGCAACAGUCUCAGACUGAGAAGUACAAAAUAUUGUCACAAGAAGCAAACAAAAAAACUGAAGGGUUACAACAAGAGAUCACUGCACUAGAAAAGGAAUUGGAGAAUCUAAAGCGUGCCCAAAAGCAGGCUGCAGCCACUCAGAGUGCAACAGAGGUUCGUUUAAACAGGGCCUUGGAAGAAGUGGAAAAGUAUAAAGUGGAGCUGAAUAAACUGAAGCAAAGCAACAAGGAUGUAGCUAACCAAGAACUCAAAACAAUCGAAGAAUUGAGAGCAGAAAACAAGAAACUGCAGAAACAAAAAGGAGAGCUUAUUACAGGUUUUAAAAAGCAGUUGAAGUUAAUUGAUAUUUUGAAGAGACAAAAGAUGCACAUUGAAGCUGCCAAGAUGCUUUCUUUUACUGAAGAGGAAUUCAUGAAAGCUCUUGAGUGGGGAAAUUAUUGAUCCCAU